GGGCGGCUGGGGGACAGACCCCUGGGGACGGGGCCCUGUCGCCCUCCAAGCGUUUCACUGGACCACGCACGUGCCCGCGCAAGGGGGCGGCGGCGGCGGACGUGGUUGGGAUCGCCUCGCCUCCCUGAACGCGCAUCUCUGCAGCGCCUCCAUGUCCGACUCAUCCGCGACCUAAAGCGGUGCGCGUUUCUUCCUCGCGCGGCAGCUGAUUCGGAAAGAAAAGACAAGAAAAGGGCCCAGAAGUAAAAGCAGACGUGGAUGCAGUAAUCCUGCCGGCGCCAUGAACUCCUUCCCGAGGAGUUUGAUCUGGAUGCUUCUCUGGUUUCCUAAUGGCAGAUGUGAAACAAAUCAGGGUCUGUCAUUGGAUGCAGAUGGUGUGGCUGAAUCUCAAAGUGGAGCUGCACCCACAGCUGAAGGUUAUUUCUUGGAGUUCCAAGGGCCGGUCAACAACAUCACCCACUUCCAAGGCCAGACGGCCACGCUGCACUGCAAGGUGACCGGGAACCCACGACCCUCCAUCCGCUGGCUGAAAAACGAUGCCCCCGUAGUCCAGGAGCAGGGUCGCAUAACAAUCCGUAAAACAGAGGCGGGAUCCAAGCUCCGCAUCCAGGACCUAGACACGACAGACACUGGUUAUUAUCAGUGUGUUGCCUCCAACUCACUGAAGGUCAUCUCUGCCACAGGUGUCCUCUACGUCAAACUAGGACAGAUGCCCACACAAAGCCCAGAUGAACCGUCACGAGAAAAGGGUUUCUGCCAGCCUUACCGAGGCAUCGCCUGUGCUCGCUUCAUUGGAAACCAAAGCAUUUAUGUUGAGUCGCUGCAGAUGCAGGGGGAAAGUGAAAACAGAAUCACAGCUGCCUUCACUAUGAUUGGAACCUCUACGCACCUAUCAGAUCAGUGCUCCAGGUUCGCCAUCCCGUCCUUCUGCUACUAUGUUUUCCCUCUGUGUGACGAGGGCACCCGAACCCCUCGGCGGCGCCAGCUCUGUCGAGAUGAGUGCGAGGCCCUGGAGAAUGACCUGUGCCACACCGAGUACAGCAUUGCCCGAUCCAAUCCCAUGAUCCUCAUGCAGCUAGAACUCCCCAGCUGCCACCUGCUCCCGCGGCCGGGCACAGCCGAUGCUGCUUCCUGUAUGAGGAUAGGAGUGCCGGCAGAGAAACUGGGUCCAUAUUCGCCCACAGACCACAGCUGCUACAAUGGAAGUGGGGCGGACUACAGGGGCACAGUCAGCAUCACUAUGUCCGGUCAGCACUGCCAGCCAUGGACCUCUCAGUACCCUCACAGUCACUACCUGUCCCAGGACUACCCCGAGCUCUGGGGAAGUCAUAACUUCUGUCGUAACCCAGGGGGCCAGAUGCAGGCGCCAUGGUGCUUCACGCUGGACCCUCAGGUCAGGGUGGACCUGUGUGACAUCCAGCCCUGCAAGCUCCCAGAGAACCCCAGGAAUGAGAUUCUGUUUAUCCUGAUCCCUGCCAUUGCCAUCCCUUUGGUCAUCGCGUGCCUCUUCUUUCUGGUCUGCAUGUGUCGAAAUAAGCAAAAGGAAUCAACUGACACUCCACGGUGCCAGCUAAGCAGUUCCCCAUGCCAGGACAUGGAACUGUCUCUCCUGAAUCAGCAAAAACACCAGGCCAAGCUGCGGGAGAUCAACAUGUCAGCAGUGCGGUUUAUGGAGGAGCUUGGCGAGGAUCGGUUUGGCAAGGUUUACAAGGGCCACAUGUAUGGAACCGCACCUGGUGAGCAGACACAGGUAGUGGCCAUCAAAACAUUAAAGGACAAGGUUGAUGCCUCUCUCUGUGAGGAAUUUCGCCAUGAAGCCAUGCUCCGCGUUAAUUUACAACACCAACAUAUAGUUUGUUUGCUGGGUCUGGUCAGCAAAGAGCAGCCAAUGAGCAUGAUAUUCACCUAUUCCAGCCUUGGUGACCUCCAUGAGUAUCUGGUGAUGCGCUCCCCCAACUCAGAUGUUGGCAGCUCAGAUGAUGACAAAACAGUCAAAUCCACACUGGAGCAGGCCGAUUUUCUUCAUGUUAUCACCCAGAUUGCAGCCGGAAUGGAGUACCUCUCCAGCCAGCAAGUAGUUCAUAAAGACCUUGCUGCCCGAAACAUUCUGGUCUAUGACAAGCUCAGCAUCAAGAUCUUGGAUCUGGGCCUGUUCAGAGACGUCUACUCUGCUGAUUACUACAAUCUCACAGGCACAAGCCCUUUGCCCAUUCGGUGGAUGUCCCCAGAAGCGGUUAUGUAUGGAAAAUUCUCCACUGACUCCGACAUCUGGUCUUAUAGUGUCUUGCUAUGGGAGACUUUCAGUUACGGUCUGCAGCCAUACUGUGGCUACUCCAACCAGGAUGUGAUUGAAAUGUUGCGCAGCCAUCAGCUACUGUCUUGUCCAGAUGACUGCCCGGCCUGGAUUUACACCCUUAUGCUAGAGUGUUGGAGUGAAUUCCAAGCAAGAAGGCCUCGCUUCAAGGACAUCCACACACGCCUGCGCUCUUGGGAAAGCCUCUCCAGGUAUACCAGCCCCGCUCAGACUUCUGGCACCAGCAACACUACCCAGACCAGCUCCCUGAGCACGAGCCCUGUAAGUAACAUCAGCAUUAGCACGGCAAAUGCAUCUCGUUACACCAGCCCUAAAAAGAGUUUGCCCUUCCAUCAGCCCCAGUUCAUUCCCAUGAAGGGCCAAAUGCAUCGGCAGAUGGUUCCCCAGCAGCUCUACAUUCCUGUCAACGGAUAUCACCCCAUGCAAGCUUACCCAUACCUGCAGAACUGUUACCCCAUGCAAAUACCCAUGCAAAUUCCCCAGAUGCACCAUCCACCACAAAUGGUUGCCAAAAGUAGUUCUCACCAUAGUGGCAGUGGAUCCACAUCUACAGGCUAUGUCACCACUGCCCCGUCCAACACUGUCAACUCUGUCACCGAGCGAGCAGCUUUGCUCAAUGACUCCAAGACCAAUGAUGAGGACUUUGCUGACAGGCCGUCCAAGGAUGGGCAAGACCAAAACAUGGACAUGUUGGUGCCUGAAACAGAAUUGCUAGGGGACAAUGACCCUCUGCAAACUGAUGAACUGGUGAUACACUUGUCAGACACAUAAGUGUGGUUCUGCUGGAAGAAGAGCUGAAUUAUUUCUGUGAGCUGUGCUUGCCAAAAUGUAAUAAGCAGCAUAAAGUGAAUAGAGAAGUGUUGUGGAACAGUGACUGAAUGUUUUCUUGGAGUUUUAUUUAGAUAGUGCUGACACAGGUUUGAAUGUCACGUGUGUUGCACGUCAAUAAUGUUAAUGAUUAAGCAAAAUUAAUCAUGCAAUCAUUUUGUAAUGUUGCCAUUUAUAGAGAGAUUUAUGUUCUUGCCGUUGCUGUGGAACAAAAAAAUACUAUAGGGGUUGCCUUGAUGGUAUUCCUUUUAAAUGUCAGCAAUGCAAACAACACCCACUUUCCAAACCUCAGAAACCACACCCCUCUAUAAAGACAUCACUACCUUGAUGUCAAUCACCCUCUUCUUUCCCAGUAGCAGUGCCAGUUGUGUUAAGUGAAAGACACAACCAUAGCAGAAGGGUUUCUACCGGAACCCAUGACUGAACCAGGAUGUAUGUUGUGGCAUUGUGCUUGUUCUUCUGACAGCUUAAUCACAUUUUUUAUUUUUUUAGGUUAUUAUCUUUUAAGUUGUGAAAGCCACAAUCACCGAUUGACAAAAUGUUUGAUGAAUAGAUACGCUGUAGGGGUUUGUUAAUAAUCAUACUCACUGACAAAAAGAAAGACUGAGAAUCAAGAAUCUCUUCUUUUCGGGACAUUGAAGUGUAAACACAACUUAAACCCAACAAGGUAUAUAUUUGUAACAUGAACAUUGACAACCAAAUUGUGCAGAUUUGUAAUUAUGUACUUUGUUUUGAACUUUUUAUUUCUUUUUAGUUUUUUAUACGAAGAUUCGUAAGCCUGUUAUUUGUACAAUUCCCUUUUCACCACAUGUUUGCUUUGUUUAGGUACAUUUUUGCUUACCAUAUAAUGUUUACAUUCAUCUAUGGAGCAUGCAAUAAAGUCAUAUUAACAAAA